AUGGCGUAGUGUACGUCCGCCCCGAAGAGUAGGUCAGGUUGGGAGUUGUGCUGCCAGCUAUAAAACACAGGCUCACAGCGAGCUGAAGAACCAGUGAUCGUUCAGUGAACACGUAGUGACAAUGAGGAGCUUCAUCAUUGUGCUAGUAGCUGUUGCAGGAGGCGUAUUUGCACAGGAGAACUUCAAGUGUCCUGACGACUAUGGUUUCUACCCCCACUCUCACUCGUGCGACAAGUACUGGAAGUGCGACGGUGGCACCGCGGAGCUCAAGACCUGUGGCAACGGGCUUGCAUUCGACGCCACAGACUCCAAGUUUCUGACGGAAAACUGCGACUACCUGCACAAUGUGGAAUGUGGUGAUAGAACAGGCCUUGAACCUGCUAUCACCGCCCCCCACUGUCCUCGCCUGUACGGCAUCUUCGCUGACGAGGCGAAAUGCGACGUGUUCUGGAACUGCUGGAACGGCGAAGCCAGUCGCUACCAGUGCUCCCCCGGGUUGGCUUAUGACCGCGAGGCGCGUGUCUGCAUGUGGGCCGAUCAGGUGCCAGAGUGCAAGGUGGAAGAGGUAGCAGGAGGUUUCUCAUGCCCUGCCCCUGGAGAACUUGCUAACACCGGUUCCUUCUCCCGACACGCGCACCCUGACGAUUGCCGAAAGUACUACAUCUGUCUGGAAGGCGUUGCAAGGGAGUACGGGUGUCCUAUCGGUACAGUCUUCAAGAUUGGAGACUCUGAUGGCUCUGGUAACUGCGAGGAUCCUGAAGAUGUUCCUGGCUGGUGAGUAUCUUCCCUUCGCAUUCUCCAUUUUAUCCUUUAUUUGUCUUACAGGCCUAUUCGAGCAUUACGGUUGCAAAUAGACUUAAUCUCAGUACUGGACCAGUUUUAUAUUUCCUAACUGACAGGGAGUAGACAUGAAGUAACUUUUAACAAAACAUCUGUAGUGCUUACAAGAAGAGAUCAGAUAUACCGUUAUUAAAACACUUUCAAAAAUAUCCAUUUCAUGCAGAAAUCAAUCUGUGCGCAAUACAAUACGUAAUGUGCCUAGGUUAUGGUAGCAAAAGGACUUUGGGUAAACACCAAAUAAAUUCUGAAGACUUUUCUUACCCUUCUUCUGGUAUUCAGGAAAAUACUACUUAGAUAGCACCCAAAAAAAUAUAUCAUAAUUUAUAUACAACCUGAUUCAUCAUUAUUUUCACAGCUUCUAUAAAAUUCCGAUACCACGG